AUGAGCAUCGUGGAUGACGUGUUCGUGUUAGCCAGAUCUAACAUCUUGUCUUACACGAGAGCGUUGAACAUUCUUUCUUUCCUCGAAUUUGAAGACAAGUACGCUCCUUGGGCAGCUGCUAUUCCUGGAUUUAACUUUGCGCUUCGGAGAUUGGCUCACGACGAUAAUGAGCGUGAAAACUUAAAGAACAUCAUCUUUCAAUCGAGCACGGCGAUUGUCCAGCGUCUCGGUUUCAACGAGGGAGCCAAUAGUCCUUUCAUGGAUGACUUGCUUCGUAUGCAUGUGAUGACCUUCCUUUGCAAUGCUGGACACGAGCAAUGUUCCGAAGCAGCCACACAAAGCUUCCAAGCAUGGAGAUUUAAUGGGACAAGAAUUCCGCCAAAUAUGCGCCCUUGGGUAUAUUGCGGUGGCCUGCGUAAUGGAAACGAGGCAGAUUUCGACUAUUUCUGGCGACGUUAUUUGGCUGAAGACCUAUCUAACGAGAAAGUUGUGAUGAUCAAUGCAGCCGGUUGCACAGGAAAUGAAAAUGCCUUACACAAGCUCCUCAACACAAUCGUUGACACAACGGGAACACAAGAUAUCAGACCACAGGACUACAGCGCUGCUAUUAGCUCAGCUGUCAGUAGCAAUGAAUACAAUACCAUGAGAGUAUUUAGGUGGCUUAGGAAUAAUCCUCAACAUCUGGAACAUGAAAAUGGCAGAUCUCUUUUACAAGUAGCAACAAACCGAUUACUGAAUGAAGCACAAAUCGCUGAGGUCGAAUCCUGGUUGACCUCGGCUACUCCUCCCCCAGAUGCUGCAAUUACUGUGGCUAGAGACGGCAUUGCUACAUCAAGGGCUAACAUGCAAUGGUAUAGAAGAAGGUUACCGGAGUUCGCAGAAUACUUCAGAACAGGAUAUUUUGAAGAAGGGUUUGAAUUACCCGGUCCUGAACCUUCCACUCCGCCUACUACUAUCCCUGAACCUACUACUACCGAAGAACCUACUUCUACCGAUGAACCUACUACUACCGAUGAACCUACUACUACUGAUGAACCUACUACUACCGAUGAACCUACUACUACCGAUGAACCUACUACUACCGAUGAACCUACUACUACCGAAGAACCUCUCUUUGACCCUACCACGGACCCUCCGACUACCCCUGAACCCGACUCUGCAAAUAUUGUCUCUCUCAGCUUCUUCACUUUGAUAGUCACACUUAUCAUCAACAUGGUUUAAAUAUAAGGACGUAUUAAUAAAGACUUUCAAUAAAAUGAACACCUAGUUAAUUAAGGUGUGAUAAGUAAACACUUUUGCCCAAGGUUGUUACUCAGUAAUAUUCAGUGGUUGUUGUUUUUUAAUAAUAAAGUAGUAAUUUGUAUUUUUUUAUGUAGCUACGUAUCAUAUUUUGGAUUAAUAUACAUAUUUGGACAUCAUCGA